AUGAGAUAUGUUGGCGGUGCGUUGGUGCGCUCUUUACUUACGACCUAUUUUUUCACAAGUGAUGAUCCAUUCGGAGAUCGUCAGGAUUUGACGAACAAUAACAAUUCCUGUCAUAAUGGAUUGUUACUUACUGUACACAAAAUUGCCACCUGCCUCGGUAAAGUUAUUCUUAUCAGCGACCUUGUUCUCGCAAUACUUGUGGUAAUCAUAAAAGCUCAAGUUGUGUGUGCUGUUGAAGAAAUCAAGGCAUAG